UUCAAAAUGACAUCACCUUUAAGAUUGAGGAUAAUCCUGGGUGAAGAUGAUGCCAGAGAGUUGAUUCUGCCAGCAGGGACACCAAUCUCAAUAGAAGAAUUGUGCCAGACAGUAAACAAGUUUUGGAUUACAGCAAGAUAUUCGACUUCAAUAUCAAGAUGAGGAUUUUGGAAACGAGUUCAUAAAUCUGUCAGAGAUCUCAGAAGUAAAGGACAAAUCCACCCUUAAGGUGAUCUUCUUGCAAAGCCAAGAGGAGGAAGAUGCAAGACCACCUCAAAGUAAAGCAAUCUGGACCGCAACAGACUCUUUAUCCCUCUCCUCCGCUGACACGGAUGAUACAGAGCCCAUUUCAUCUAGAGGUUCAUCACCAUCUUCAAGGCACUGGGUUUGGCCAAGUGUCUUUACUGUACCACAGUUUAGCUUCGAUGCUGAACUUGAGCUUGAGAAGGCCAAUGCUGCCUGUACCAGUGGGGGAAGUCUACUGAACCCCUCACCAAAACUGAAAUCCCAAAUUCUGGAACGACUGGCAGAAGAGAUAUAUAAAUUCAAAGCCUACCCAACAGACAAUGAUCUGACUGAUGUUGCAGAAGCUCUUGUGAAAAAGCACCUUUGCCUUAGAGAGCAGGGGUCUUUCAAUGGCUGUUAUGGGUGGAAGAUUAGUCUAAAGUAUAAAAUGGCUAACUUACGGACCAAACUAAGAGGUCUUGGAUGUGCUGAUAUGACCAUAAACUCCCUUAAAAACAAGUCCAGUGACAAUCGUCGGGCAGCCUUCAAUGUGGAAAAACCCAAAAGGGCUGAAGUUAACUACUGUCCACAGCAUCCAAAAGGAGAAACAGUGGAGAGUCUGGAAAAGGAGAGAGCUGCAAUUCUUUCAGAAAUGACUAAAAGAAACAAUAACUCUGUUGUGAGUGAAAAAAUGGAGAACACUUUCUCCUACAGAAGGCAAGAAGUUCUUCAAGGUCAGCCAAUGGUUGCACACUUCAAAAGCAGAUGGCCAGCCCUGUUCACCGAGAGAGAGAUCGACAAGGAGUUUCUGCAGAUCACCACUAAGCCUCUGCUAUCUACUUUCUUUGCGGAGCUUGAUCAGUACACGCCACGCUUGAUCGAAGUCUUUCGGGGCAAAGGAGGGACAACUGGAAAGAAAAUAAGAGGUCACAUGCUUGCCAUCUCCAAGCAUGACUCCAUACAUACCAGGCGAGCGUGCAUCUUGAAGUCCUUGUGCACCUACCUAAACGAAGACUACGAGAAAUUAAUAAAGGAAUACUUGAAUACAGACAGCAAGACAAACAGCUGCAUGGAGCAAACUGUGAUGGGGGUGUAUGUCAUCCAGAAGGAGGGUGCUGAACCUGAAGAUGAACCAGAGGACAUUGAUGUCCUAAUUGAGGGUGCAGAGGCUCUCACUGGUUUGGGUAACAUUGCACAAGCAUGUGCUCUGUUAUUCGGACUCAUAUACUGUUUGAACCUAAGCUACCCACCAGAACUGAAAAGCACUUUUGAAGUCUUCCAGAAGUUACUUCUAAAUCUUGAUGGACAAAGACUCUCUUCAAAGGUACAGUUUCUCAAAAACAAGCUUAUGGGGUGAGUAAGCUUGAAAAUGGCUGAUAGAAGCACUUCAGUGGC